AUGGGCCGACCGAAGCGCAACGUACUCGCUACGAUCGAAGACACUGUGACUCCACCUGAUGUCCUACCAGAAUCGCACCUCAUCGCGCGCAUCGUGAAAGCGGAGGGCAAGAACCUGUACAACGCCGAACUGCCAGGCGGAAAACCAAUCCUUGCAGAGCUCGAAGCCAAGUUUCGCUCGACGGUGUGGAUCAAGCGUGGGAGCUAUGUGGUAGUGAACACGUCUUCGCUGGCAGACCGCGACAACAAGCUGGAUGGAGAGAUUGUGAACGUGGUGAGAGACGAGAAGGCGUGGAGGAAGAUGUCAUAUUGGCCCAAAGAGUUCGUCAAGAAGCCAGCCUACGAGGAUAGUGAUGAGGAAGAGUCAACGGUUGGGAAGAUGCCACCCUCUGAUUCGGACGAGGAGUGA